AGUAGGGGAAUAGCCUCGUAACUCUCCAUUCCUUAAAAAUAAUGGGCCUCGGCCCCUGCGGGGCCUCUGCUCCAUUAUUUUUAAGGAAUGGAGAGUUACUCGGACAUUCCCCUCUACGUAAACUGCCUGUCUGUAAUGUCGUGUCACUGUUCAUGCUGUGCAUCUACUCCCAAGCGUGACUGUCAUUGAGGGGCUCGAAAUCAUGUGACGAUAACAAGAUGGCGCCUGAUCGACUCGUCUCACUAGGCGAGGCAUUAUCGCUAUACAAUUAACAAGACGUGGCCAUUUGACCAUCCAAGUGUAAACAGAAACACAUUUUCUCAAAGGACAUUAUGAAGCGACUAUGUCCAAGAAAGCUGGCUCUGUUCCUCUCCACAGCUGUGGCCGUGUAUCUAUGGUUCUGUAUCAAUAUCGGUAAAUCGGCAUCCCGAUGGUCAACGAAAACAAGAUCCUGUUGUAUUGAAAAGAUCGACAUUUCACUCGUAGAGCCUCAUAUAACGAAACUGGAAAAAAGCAGUUCAAUAGUGGAGGAUUUGUCAUUUCCGGUUUCGAGCAGUGUCUGCCAGGAUGUAUCAAAGGGAGAUAAUCGAGUGUGGCUUCUGAUUGCUGUGAUAUCAGCGACUGCUCAUUUUCAAGCCAGGAACGCUAUACGGCAAACAUGGGGGUCUACGGUGAAUGUAAAUAAGGACAGCCAUGUAUGUAUGGUGUUUAUUAUUGGUACAACGAACGGUCCUCACAGUCAGCAAAUCAACAAGGAAAUUCAUCAGUAUGGAGAUAUUGUGCAAAUAAACAAAGAAGAUACGUACAAGAACGUGGUUUUCAAGAGCAUUGCUAUGCUCAAAUGGGCAAUUUUACAAGUCACAAAUGUGCAGUUUCUCCUCAAACUGGAUGAUGACGUGUAUUUUCAAAUGACAGGAUUAUCUCGAAUACUUUCAUCAUUUGAACGCCAGUCAGGAUUUAUCAUGGGCCACAGGGAAGUGAAUGCAAAGCCAAUACGUAAUUCUUCUUCCCGAUAUCACAUUUCAUCAAGUGAAUAUUCAGGAACGUCUCUCCCGCAUUACAUGCGUGGUGGGUCUUAUCUCAUUUCCGGGGAUCUCAUCCGGGACCUUUUGUCUGUGAUACCCACAAUUCCAUUGGUGUCGAUAGAGGAUGUGUAUAUUACUGGCAUCUGUGCAGCCUAUGUUUCCGCGUACCAUGCAUACGACUGCGGAUUUAAAAGCAAAUUUUCACUGACAGAUAAAACUGGUUUAGAUCCGGAGGCCGUGACUAUUUAUGAAUAUGGACCGGAGACAAUUUCGCUUAUAUGGAAUUUAACACAGAAUAAAGUAAAUCUACCGUAAGCGUUGGCAUCUCAUACAAAUGAAAUUUAGGGUGCCGUUGUACAAAGCGAUCUUAGCGCUAAGGUGAACGUAACUCCCAUACCUUAACAUAGACAUACGGCAGUCUUAAUGCAAAGGUUCUUUUUGUACAACGGCACCCAGAUUACAAAUGCAAGUGUCGCGUUGUUAUGUGACGCUGUGAUAUGUGUGCCGGACAUAUUCACUUAUCUUGUUGAGGUGUUAGAAUGAGUCCAACGGGUCUUAUUCUCAUCAUUGUGUAAUUACAAAAUAAUUUCACAAAGUUUCUGAUUCCAGUGUCAAAUAUUUCUUAAUUGUCUUUAAUGUAUGGAAAAUGACUGUUAUUUCGGAACCCAACAGUUUAUGUUAGCUACAUAUUUGUAUCAGCCACAACCAACUGAUCAUGACGCUCCACCUCCGCGUGAUUAUGCUCACAACAAUAGAUUAUUCUCUGUAACGUGGAUUCAAUAUUUGAUUAGAACACUAAGUGUGUCUUUUGCAUAAGGCGAUUUAGAUUUAGAUACAAACUCCGCUUCUACAACUAUAAAGGAUGAAGAUCAUUAUUUAGAGUUUUAUGGUCUAAUAGAAGUUAAUCGAAAUACAGGAUGGUAUCAUUCUGGCGACAAUUCGAUAUAUAAUGAAAAACUGAUAUUCGUCAACAUUUUGUUUUGCACACACCCUUCGCUUACUGACAACCAUUUUUUUAAACAUCAAACAUUGAUGAAUACUUUCUCUUGCCCAGUAGUUUGUUCAACCCUCCUGUCAAAGAACUAUAUGUCAAUCCAUUCCCUAAACCCCUUUGUAGAUCCGUGUUAGAAGAGGUCUUUAGCAACCACUGCUUGUCGUUAGGCGACUAACGGGAUCUGGUGGUCAGG